CGUCGCGCGGGGUCCCGUCUCCGAGCCGACGAGCUGUCCAACUAUGCGAACCGCUUCCAAGUCAGCGCCCCGACGAAGCACUUUCUCUGCCUCGGGGCAGACGGCCCCGUCGAGGCGUAACAUCUUGAAAGAUUUCGGUCGGCGCUAGGGUGAAAUAAUGGAGUGGAUAGAAACAAACCGAGCCACUAAGAGCGAGGAAUAAAAACAAGGAGAAAAGUUCGCUGGGAAUUCGGCGAAGAAGAAAGCAUUCAGCUCCGAUAAGUGUCCCAGGUCAUCAAACUACAAGAUGACGUGUCUAUACCUUCCAUCUGUUGUGAGCAAUUUGGCAAGUUAGCCCCAAUAAUCUGGCUGCGGGAGAGAUCUCACUUCUCGUUUCCACUUCUAAGAAUUUUUUCUCAGGGCUCCAUGGCAUAAAGUCCGUCUUCACAUCCAGCUGCUCUCUGGGGUUUCUGUAGAGGAGCUCUCCGCUCUGACUCGCUGCUGCCACGUUCCACAGCCUGAGGGCAACCAGGACGCUGUCGGCAGCAGACAUGCCUGCCCUGGCCACUGGAGCCGGCCACGAGCCAGGUCUGUAUGCGAUGCUGGCAGCCCUGCCAUCCCAGCUGCAGCCCCAUGUCAGCCGUCCGGAGGACAACACCUUCCUGCAGGGCAUGUUUGGGGAGAGAGGCCUGCACUCACUUGUGAAGAUCCACGAACGGCUGCAGCACUAUGAAGAGAGCAAACCCGUUCCUGUCCUGGAAAGUGCAACAGUUCUGGCCGAAGAACUUUCAAAGCAUCUUGAGGGAAAAUCGGAGAAUGGAGACAUAAAAGAACUUGUGAAACUACUGGGCAACCCCCAUAUGAAGAGCCUUCUGUCUGUCCACGAUACUGUUGCUCAGAAGAGGUACGACCCAGAACUCCCUCCGCUGCCUGAAGGCGUUGAUGAUGAGGAGAAUUCGGUGAAGAUUAUAAGGCUGGUCAAAAACAAGGAGCCUCUUGGAGCAACAAUAAAACGUGACGAUGCAACAGGAGCCAUCAUUGUGGCUCGGAUCAUGAGAGGAGGAGCGGCCGACAGGAGUGGGUUAAUUCAUGCUGGAGAUGAACUGAAGGAGGUCAACGGGAUCCCUGUGGAAGACAAGAAACCAGAGGAAAUCAUUCGUAUCCUGGCCCAGUCACAGGGAGCCAUCACUUUUAAAGUUGUCCCUGGUGUGAAGGACGACGCACCAAUCAGAGAGCCAAAGGUGUUCCUGCGAGCACUUUUUGACUACGAUCCAAGUAAAGACAAUGCCAUCCCAUGUAAAGAGGCUGGUCUGGGCUUCAAGAAGGGCUCUAUCCUUCAGAUAAUGAGCCAAGAAGAUGCAACAUGGUGGCAGGCCAAACAGGAGGGCGAUGCUAAUCCCCGCGCUGGUCUCAUCCCAUCCAAACAGUUCCAGGAAAGGAGAUUUGCGCUGCGGCAGCCCACUGCCGGCACCAUGACCCUGCCGGUACAGCGGACCCUGAGCAGGCGGCCUUUGCACGAUCCACUGGCACGCUCUACUGAGUUUGUCUCACUAGAUGAUGUGGAGAUAGUCUUUGCUACUGAAAUUGAAGAGGAAGCUGAUUAUAGUAGCGGAUUCCACUUAGCUGGCUUUAGGAGAAGUUUCCGGCUCAGCAGGAGAGACAAGAAGACCAACAAGUCCAUGUAUGAGUCUAAGAAGAGCCAAAUGUACGACAUGGCUGACGUGCCCACGUACGAAGAGGUCACCCCCUACUGCAGGCAGAGUGGAGCUAAACACAGGCUGGUGGUUCUAGUGGGACCCACCGGUGUCGGCUUAAAUGAACUCAAGAGGAAACUGUUGAUAUCUGACCCCCAGCACUUUGGUGUGACCAUCCCACACACCAGUCGGCCCAAGAGGAACCAGGAGACCGAAGGUGUUGAGUACCACUUCAUUUCUAAACAUCUCUUUGAGGCAGACAUCCACAACAACAAGUUGGUGGAGUAUGGCGAGUACAAAGGGAAUUACUAUGGAACAAGUCUGGACUCAGUCCGCUCCGUCCUCUCUAAGAACAAAGUGUGUCUAUUGGACGUCCAGCCUCAUACAAUAAAGCUUCUGCGGAAUGCUGAGUUCAAACCCUUUGUUGUUUUUGUGAAACCUCCAAGACUGGAUAGACUGAGGGAAACAAGAAAGAAUGCCAAAAUCAUCCCAAGCAGAGACGACAAAGGAUCUGCCAAGCCUUUCACGGAGGAGGACUUUCAGGAGAUGUUGAAUACUGCUGAGAUGAUGGAGACUCAGUACGGCCAUCUGUUUGAGAAGGUUAUAGUGAACGAUGACCUCACUGCUGCCUUCAGCGAGCUGCAGUCUGCCCUGAAGCAAGUGGAGACGGAAACUCACUGGGUUCCAGUCAGCUGGACCCACUCCUGAGAUCCACUGUGACUGGGAAAGGAGGAAAGGGAAGGCCUACAACAAAAAAUAUGCAUUUUAAGUCUCUUUUAUAUCCACUGACUUUGAUGCUAGGAGCCCAAUAUGAAAAGGACAAGGCAGCACAGACUGGUGUGAUGUGGACCUGAGCUGUACCAAGCUAAAACUAAUCUUUCACCUUUGGAACAAGUUGGAUUCAGACCUCAGCUCCUGUCUGGAUGGUGAUCUCCAUGUUAGACAAAGCCUGGUUGACAGCAGAGGACUUUUGGCUUCAUGUGGGCUCAGGAAGUGUGAUGUGGAUCACACCACCCUGACCUGAAAUGUUCAAUAAUAUUGGACCUUCAUAGAACCAGCAGUGCUGCUGACAUAAGCAACCAGGACUCCAUCUUUAGUGUGUUUAAAGCAUUAAACCUGUAGAAAACCAAAGGGAUGGAUAUUUUUCUUCCUGGUGGACGGAUCAGAACUGAUGUCAGUAAAAUAACUUUAAGGGAAAAUGUCAAAAGAUGCAAACAUGUCUUCUGUUUUAUUUCUGUGCUUCAAAAGAGCUUCAAUGACUGUUUGACAAAAUGAAAACACUGCCAGGUACGCGCUCAAGAAAGGACAGUAACUGUAAUUUUAUUUAAAAGAAAUUAAUAUAUUUUCUAUACUUCCAGUACUUUUUAAAAUACAUUUUAUGACAAUGUUUGACUUUAUGUGAAACGAGAUCUUAGCUGUAGCUCCCUCGUCCUGUUUUAACAGAGACAUCUCCUCUGUCAUUGAAGUGUUUAGAUCUGAUCUGCCAAGCCAAGUUUUCUCCUCAAGAGUUGUUUUAUUCACCCGAUAUAUGUUCCAUCCUGGAGCCGUUUGAAAAACCAGCAUUCAUACAGGCUGUCCAGCAGACCAGCUUUGCCAUUUAUAGAACAGGGCACAUUUGUCUUUAAAAAGAAAAUUUCACUAUUGGGUUUUAUUAGGGUGGAGUUUUUAUUUUUAUUCACAUAAACAUGGUUUCAGUGAGGCUGCUAACAGUGGCUCCACAGCACACUUCUAGGAUCUUCAGGAAGUAGCUGCUCCUGAUUUUAUGUGCAUCCGAAGUUUAUUACUUGAAUCAUCCAGUCUUAUUCACCCGUACUUAGUGUUUUAUUUACCACUUUCUAAAGCAUGUUUCAAAGAGAUAUUUUCCUUUCUUCUGGUCUGGGUUCUAAAUUGUCAGUUUUGUCCUUGGCAGUUUUUGCUCACUUGAGAUCAGUAGUGGUUCAGAACACAAGUGCUGUAUCUUUAUGGAAAAUCCAUAUGUUAUUGAUUUUUACCUUGUAUUUCUCAUAAUUUGAUCAAAUGAAAGAUAUUAAAACAAUAGUCCUAAUUAAUAAAAAUAUGAAAAUGGU